AUGGGGCCCGAGGACAGAGCCAAGCGCCAGUGCUGCGGCCCGGAGCAGAGCCUCUGGGCGGCGGGCCACAGUCCCACGCGGGGCCGCUGUGGCCCCCUCUCUCCGUGUGGCCACAUCGUGGGCCAGGACGCCGGCUGUGCCCGGGACCGCACGGAUGGGCAGAUCCUGGGCCAGCUGCGCCCCCUUGCAGAGCAGGAGGGGGAGGGGGAGGGGGCCGGGGCUGCCCUGUCCACAGGGCCGGCCUUCCCCGGGAUGGGCUCUGAGGAGCUGAGGCUCGCCUCCUUCUACGACUGGCCGCUGACCGCCGUGGUGCGGCCGGAGCUGUUGGCUGCCGCGGGCUUCUUCCACACUGGCCAGCAAGACCAAGUGAGGUGCUUCUCCUGCCACGGGGGCCUGCAGAGCUGGGAGCAGGGGGAUGACCCCUGGACAGAGCAUGCCAAGUGGUUCCCCAGGUGUGAGUUCCUGCUCCAGACAAAGGGAAGGGACUUUGUCUGCAGGAUCCAGGAGUCUCGUUACCACCUGCUGGGCUCCUGGGACCAAUCAGAAGAACCGGCAGAUGCGGCCCCCCCCACCCCUUCAGCUCCUGUCCACAUGGCUCCUGAGCUGCCCACGCCCAGAAGAGAGGCCCAGUCGGAAGGUGCCACAGAGUCAGGAGCCCGGGACGCGGAAGAGCAGCUGCAGCGCCUGCGGGAGGAGCGGACCUGCAAGGUGUGCCUGGACCACAGCGUGUGCACCGUCCUAGUGCCCUGCGGCCACCUGGUGUGUGCAGACUGCGCCCCCGCGCUGCGGCAGUGCCCCCUCUGCAGGGCCCCCAUCCGCAGCCGCGUGCGCACCUUCCUGCCCUAG